AUGAAUCCAUCAAUACCAAAUUUAACACCUGCUGAAUGUCGUCAAUCCGAAGAAUUGAAUAAUCAAAUGAUGAGUUGUUUAAGUUUUCCAGCAAGUAGAUCUACAAGUGAAUUUGUACGUAAACAAUUACAAAAUACAAUUCAUGGACGACAAAAACCAGCCGGUGGAAAAGAUAUGUCAGGAAUAACAGCACAGAAAAUGAUCAAUUCGCCAAGUCUUGAUUCGAAUCAAAAAGGGGCUUAUUUUCGAAAUAAAUUAUCAUCUCAAUUGUCUUCUCCAUCCUUACAAGCAGCUAUAAGAUCACAACAACAACAACAAUAA